AUAAAUCAGAGAUUUAAGCACUUCAAACCUUGAGCUCCCUCUCUUCUCUCUCUUUCUCUCCAGACAAAAUUCUCAGAAAACAAUGGAAGAGACAGCACUGACAAAAGAUCAGAUCACUGAGUUCAAAGAAGCCUUUUGUCUCUUCGACAAAGACGGCGACGGUUGUAUAACGGUGGAAGAACUUGCAACAGUGAUCCGUUCGUUGGAUCAGAAUCCGACAGAACAAGAACUUCAAGAUAUCAUCACUGAGAUCGAUUCUGAUAGCAACGGCACCAUUGAAUUUGCUGAGUUUCUCAACCUCAUGGCCAAAAAACUUCAGGAAAGUGAUGCUGAGGAAGAGCUGAAAGAAGCAUUCAAAGUCUUUGACAAAGACCAAAAUGGUUAUAUCUCUGCCAGUGAGUUGAGUCAUGUAAUGAUAAAUCUAGGGGAAAAGCUAACAGAUGAAGAAGUUGAACAAAUGAUAAAGGAGGCAGAUUUGGAUGGUGAUGGCCAAGUCAAUUAUGAUGAAUUUGUCAAGAUGAUGAUCAAAAUUGGCUGAUUGUUUUUUAAAUUUUAUUCUACAUAUUAUAUAAGCCAAUGAUCCUUAAUUACCUUGUUAGUUGCUACUACUUUGUGUUCACACCAUCUCAACAAAUUCCAUUAUUCUAC